AUGGGUCGCAAAGAAACACGUUACUUGCAGACUUUAAAUUGUGAUUCGGUGGCCCAGCAGAACAUGAAAAUGCGCCCAGUGCUACUGAAAAGGAACAGUCUGGAUUCAGCUGAUUUUGUGAGAAAGCCACAUCACCGCAGGACCAAAUCUCAACAGGUUCGAUUCAAGGAUGAUGGUGUGAACACAAAGACAGAAAUGGAUAUUAAUCCUACCCAAGAUACAGCAUUCACAACUGGAAAAACAGAAAUAUUUAGGGAUCACCAUUUUUUGCUACAUGAAUCUCCAUGCUUUCCAAGGGUUCAGAAAGGGCUUCGGAACAUUGCCAUACAAACAUCUCCUAGCCUCAGGAAACAUUUCCCAGUUUUUAAAAAGAAAAAGCUGACAGUAAGCAAAUCAUUAACAGAAAUGCCAACCGAGCCUGCAAAUUCUAUCGAAGUAAAUGGCAAUAUUUCUGAAGACAACAUUAUGUCUUCAGAUCUCUGUUACUUAAGAAUAACUAAUCAUUCGGAAAAUGGAUUUAGGAAUAGUGAAGUGUAUGGUCAAUUAUGUGACAGAUCGUCAAAAGCACAAAGCAAUGGACCUAGCCACUCAAACGAUUUCUCGGAGUCAGAGAAGACAGCUGCUUCUACACAGGUCCCUGAAUACAUACAUGUGAGUUGCCCACAAGACACCAAUGUUUCCAUGGAUGCACCAGACACAAGCAUGAAUUUAAGUAAUUCUCUGCAUUCUACAGUCACAAAUACCAAUGAAAAGAAUGAAACCAGCAUGCUGUCAUCUAAUUGUGAACAGGUCUACCAUUGCCUAAGCAAUUAUACUAACUGCAGUGAAUGUAAUCCUCAGUCUGAUUCUCCUGAAGCAGAUAAAAGCGAUUCUGAAUCUCUUGUAGCCAACAAAGAUGCAAGCAGUAAAGAUACUACUCCAUUAUCACCUCCAUCAAACCACAGUUCAUCUCCUUGUUUCCUCAGAGACUAUCAACAGGCAGGAGAGCACAAAACAGAUUCCAGCUAUGUAACACUAACAAAUAAUGUUCGCACAAUAAUGCCAUUGAGCAGCGGUAAUGUAUCCAAGUCUAUUCUGCCGUGUAAUACUGAAAUGGAGAAAAAUCCUACCCAGUCAGAUGUUUCCCAGUGUUACAGCUGUUUAGAAGGCUGUCACAUAAAGUCUUAUCUGCAAAGGAAUGAAAUAAAACCACAAACCAACAAAGAGAUUAAUGAAAUAAAUCAAAUUCAUUUGGCAGAUGGUGAACUUUGUGCCCUACAAGGCAGGCUGCAGUCUGUAGAGGAAUCCUUGCAGUCGAACCAGGAGAAGAUUAAAGUCCUUUUGAAUGUAAUCCAAGACCUGGAAAAAUCCAGAGCCCUCAGCGAAGGGCGUAACUUCUAUCACACUGGUCAAGACCUCAACAACUGCAGCACCUGCCAGAACACCGCAUGUAUCAUUUACAGUGUAGAACACGACUUCAGACAACAGGAAGGAAGAUUUCAUGAGAUUCUGAAAAUGCUGGAUCAUGCAGAGCAAAUUCCAGCUUCAGCCUCACCUCAGAAGCUACCAUCUGAUCAUCCAGCCCCCGAGAAAAAGGAGUUACGAAGAAAGACAAAAAAGGUGAAAAGAAAAUGCUUCUGGUGGAUUUGA